GAUACUGACCUAUCUUUGAUGUUUCAACGAAAACCCUAAUCAGCGUUUGCAUCGGACUGCGAGGUUUAGCAGUCGACGCAGUUCUCGCGGGCGUUCUCUUGUGUGAAUCAUCUUCAAGGAGUCUGUUCGAUAUUAGGCCCUCGUCGGAGAUGAAGACUUCGUAUAUGAAGCUGCGAGGCAGCCAAUAUUUCCGGCAGCGCCUUCUACUGUCGACCCUAUCGUCGACAUCGAUACUCGUGGAGGAUAUCCGAUCUGAAUCUGCGUCCCCGGGCCUCCGUCCCUAUGAAGUCUCCCUCUUGCGGCUCCUUGAGAAGAUUUCCGAUGACUGUACCGUCGAGAUCAAUGAUACAGGAACUAAAUUGAGGUACAAACCGGGGGUUUUGAUUGGAGGGAAAAACGUCGUGCAUGACUGCGGCCUCAGCAGGUCAGUUGGUUACUUUUUGGAACCCUUGAUUGUGCUUGGACUUUUCGGAAAGAGGUCUCUCUCUAUCAGGCUCAAAGGGAUAACCAAUGAUUCUAAGGAUCCAAGCGUAGAUACUUUUCGGACAACUACGUUGCAUAUACUAAAGCAUUUUGGUGUCUCUUUAGAUGGUUUGGAGUUAAAAAUCGAAAGCCGAGGGGCCGCUCCUCUUGGUGGUGGAGAAGUUGUUCUUGUUGUUCCUAUUGUGCCUAGUAGCUUAUGUGCUACAACAUGGAUAGAUGAAGGAAUGGUCAAGAGAAUUAGAGGAGUGACUUUCUCAACUAGGGUAUCACCUCAGUUUGGAAAUCGCAUGGUGUUUGCUGCUCGUGGGGUCUUUAAUCAAUUUCUUCCGGAUGUUCAUAUAUUUACAGAUCAUAGAUCUGGCCAAUCUAGUGGAAGAUCACCUGGUUAUGGCAUUUCUCUGGUUGCUGAAACCACAACAGGUUGCUUGAUUUCAGCAGACAUGGCAGUUAGCCAUCCAAAAACUGAAGUAGAUGCUUUAAUGAAUUUUGAAGAGAAGCCAGAGCUGAUGUCUCCUGAGGAUGUCGGCAUUCAAGUUGCUUCUAUGUUGCUUGGGGAGAUUGAGGGCGGUGGUGUGGUUGAUUCAUCACACCAGGGUCUCUUAUUUCUUCUUUGUGCUCUGUGCCCGCCUGAUGUUUCUAAGGUUCGUGUGGGAAAGCUCACGCCUUACAGCAUUGCAACACUUAGAAACAUUAGAGAUUUUCUGGGAGUUAAAUUUGUCAUAAAGCCAGAGCCGACAACAAACACUGUCAUUCUAAAAUGCGUUGGUUGUGGAUUGAAGAACUUGUCAAGAAAGAUUUCAUGAGCAGCAGGAAGAAAACUUUGCCCGAUCAUUGUGAAGCCCCGAUUCUUGACUGGAAGGGACGCCAAAGGCCUCUUACCUUCCUCUCUAUCAGAUGGAAGGACAAAGCUCUUGGGUUUUUCAUGUUGUCAAACAGUUGAACAAUGAAAAUAGAUGGCGAGUGCCUGAUCGAAUUGAUCAGGUCGUGUAGGAACAAGGUUCAAAUCUCUCGGUCUGUUAGGAUGCCUCAGCUGCAUACAUCACUGCACUUCCACUUGACACCUAUCGUAAUGAUAAACGGCUCGUCUCGCCGUGACCAUCCUUUUGUUAUUUUUAUAGAAAGAAUAUAUCAUUUUCUUUAUUUAUAACUUCCAAUUAGCUAAAUCCUUCGUGUAUAAAGUCUUUGUAGCAUUGAGAUUCUUCUGCAUUAGUAGGUAGUAUCUAGUAUAAGUGAAAAUAAUGAUUGAAAUGCUUUGGACAUUUUAUGAUCUCUUAACUUUGGUUAUAAGAGUGUUGGACGAAAA